UGUCUAGUUAAUGAAGGCGCGGAAGGAAAGCGAAGCCACAGAGCCAGAGGAGGAGGCGACACACUCCCUCACUCACAGCCUGAGAGACUGAGAGGAGAGAAUGCUCUGGAGGAACAUGUGGACAGACACACAGCACCGCCGUCAUUAGUUCAAGGAUUAACUGCUCACACACCGCGGGGUGUAUUGAUGGUCCGGUGGGCAGCUGCGGAACGGGGGCUGAGCCAUGGCUUCGGUUUGGAUUUUAACUUUAGCCAUCGGGGUCGCCGUUCACAAAGUGGUGUGUGGGCCGAGGUUCUCUCAGGAGCCAGCUGAUCAGUCGGUUGUUUUUGGUGAACGAGUAGUGUUGAGCUGUGUGGUGUUUAACUACACCGGCAUUGUCCAAUGGACCAAAGACGGACUCGCACUUGGCAUCGGAGAGGACCUGAGGGCGUGGCCUCGUUACCGUGUGUUGCGGAUAGUGGACGUUGGUCAGUAUAAUCUGGAGAUUUCCUCGGCAGAGCUGUCGGAUGAUUCUCUGUAUGAGUGCCAGGCCACUGAAGCCGCUCUCCGCUCCAGAAGAGCUAAACUCACUGUACUCAUUCCUCCUGAUGAUCCAGUGAUAGAAGGAGCUCCAGAGAUUCUGCUGAUGGCUGGGGUUUCCUAUAACCUGACAUGUGUGUCUCGAGGAGCCAAACCGCUGUCUACUAUAGAGUGGUACAAAGACGGAGUGAUAGUAGAAGGAGCCCAUACUAGCACUGAGGUCUUACCUGAUAGAAAGCGUGUGACCACACGUAGCUUUCUGCCCAUCCAGCCAGUGGAUACAGACACUGGACGCAACUUUACCUGUGCGGCCUCUAACCUGGCUGUACCGCUGGGCAAACGGACCACUAUCACACUUAACGUCCACCAUGCACCUACGGUUUUAUUAUCAAUCUCACCCCGUUCCGUUCUAGAGGGGGAGAGAGUAACAUUUACCUGCCAAGCUACAGCAAACCCUCCCGUCAUGGGUUAUAGGUGGGCUAAAGGUGGAGUAAUUCUGGAGGGAGCGAGGGAGAGUGUGUUUGUGACGACGGCAGAUCACUCCUUCUUCACUGAGCCCGUUUCCUGUCAGGUGUUUAAUGCUGUGGGCAGCACCAAUGUCAGCAUACUGGUGGACGUACACUUUGGUCCGAUCCUGGUGGUGGAGCCAAGGCCAGUGACUGUGGAUGUGGACUCUGAUGUCACUCUGAACUGUAAAUGGGCAGGAAAUCCUCCUCUAACCCUCACCUGGACAAAGAAAGGCUCCAGUAUGGUUCUCAGUAAUAAUAAUCAGUUGUAUCUGAAGUCAGUGAGUCAGGCGGAUGCAGGGCAGUAUGUGUGUAAAGCCAUCGUGCCCAGGAUUGGAGUCGGGGAGACGGAGGUCACACUCACAGUAAACGGCCCGCCAAUCAUUUCAAGUGAACCCAUUCAGUACGCUGUAAGGGGGGAGAAGGGUGAGAUCAAAUGCUACAUUGCCAGCACCCCUCCUCCUGACAAAAUUGUGUGGGCAUGGAAGGAGAAUGUGUGGGAGAAAGAGAGAGGAACGCUGUUGGAGAGGUAUACAGUAGAGCAGAGUAAACCUGUGUCACAGGGGGGUGCUGUUCUCUCCACUCUCACCAUCAACAACGUCAUGGAGUCGGACUUUCAGACCACUUACAACUGCACUGCCUGGAAUUCAUUUGGCCCGGGCACCAUGAUUAUCACUCUAGCAGAGACUGAUAUUGUGCCUGUGGGAAUCAUAGCUGGUGGAACAGUUGGAUCCUCCAUGCUGCUGAUCCUGUGCCUGCUUGCUCUGGCCUUCUACCUUUACCGCCAGCGCAAAAGCAGUCGUCGUGGGGUCACGCUGAAGCCGGACAUCAAGGUUGAGACGGUCAACAAAGAGACACAUAGCCUGGAGGAAGACUCAGCCAGCGUCUCCACGGCAACUCGCAUGUUUCUUCCCUCUGUCUCCCUCUCUCCCUCCACUCAGCCUUUCAAAGACGACAUGGACCUGAAGCAGGAUGUGCGCAGUGAAACGCUGGAGACGAAAGAAGAGUACGAGCUGAAGGACCCCACGAAUGGCUACUACAACGUCCGAGCGACAACCCAUGAUGAAAUCCACCCGGGCUCCCGCUCUGUGCUUUACCAGGAGUUCCGCCCACCAAACCCAGCUUCUGUCUCAGCCUCAGCAACUGGGCCGACAGCCGUCAUAAACCCCGCCCCCAUCGGCCGUUACGAGCCACGCCCACCAUCCCGGAUCGCCCACACCACCUACGCACACUUCAACACCAUCGCCAGAACCAAACAGAGCCAAGCCCCUCCUAACCCGCCUCCUCAGACCACAGACUAUUCCAGAGAAUGCGGCCUGCUGGAGUCCACCAAUCAGCUUGCCUACGACAGCUACGGCUACCCAACCACAGCCCAGUACUCUCAGUACAGGCUCGGCUUCGCCCCGCCCUUGGAGGAAGGCCCGGCCUAUGAGAUGUAUCCCACAGGACAAGGGGUAGGGUUGAGUCAAGGGGUAGGGUUGAGUCAAGGGGUAGGGUUGAGUCAAGGGGUGGGGCUGAGUCAAGCGCCGGGGCCAGACCCCGCAUUAGGGAAGUAUGGAAGCUCGACACGUUUUUCCUAUUCGUCCCCGCAAACGGAAUACUCUCAAAGACACACCCAGAGAAUGCAGACACAUGUAUGAGUGUGUGAUGGACAUGCUGAUACACACAUACACUCACACCGAGCUCGCAGAAAUGGCAAAAAAAAACAAAAAAAAUAAUGAAAGAAAAGAAAAAUCACACCACAGACGAUGCUGUGUCCAGUUUGAAGUACGCUAAGGGUGUAAAUCUCUGAACUAAUGAUUCAAUUCAAUCAUGAUUCUUUAGGAAACCAUUUAUUGCAUCAUGGAAUCUUUUUGCCAUGAUACAGUUAUUUCUAUGAUUCAUAAUUACCUAGAAAACUACAGCUAAUACACAAUGGAACUAGUUACACAGUAGUGAAAUACACAGUACUGUGCACAAGUCAGGCACCACUGUUCAUUUAUGUCAUUUCCAUCCAAAAUAAGGAGAAAAACCUUUUCUGAACACUUGGCAGUUUUUCAAAGAAAUCUGCUGGGAUAUUUGUUUCACACCUCCAACGUUCAGUCUUAGAAGUUGGUUGCAUUUUCUGUUUCUCACAAUCCAAGUAAUGGAAAACACAAUGAGGGAGUCAAGGUGUGCACUCUGGGGUGGUCAGUCCGUUGUUCUGAGAACUCCAACCGCUUUGCAGAUCUGAUUUGGCAGACCUGAAGCAUUUUCUGCAAAGAUCGCAAGCUUUAAGUACGGUUUAUCUGAUGGAAAGUUUUAGUGGUCUUCUAGAUCUGGCAUGGCUGUUUCUUUCAAUAACUAUUUGAGUUCCAAUUUUGGGAACUCCUGUUUUAACCUUUGACUGUCCCCAGUCGGGUUAUGUCUCAUUUCUCAUUAGAAAUACGUCCUGAAAAAUAAAUAAGUAGAACUCAAUAGCUGAAAAUGAAUAAAGGGUAGCCGCUGACUUUUUCACAGUACCACAGGUAGUAAAACAGUAGUCCGAUCUUUCCGUUUUAUUUUCAUUUUUUGAAUAGAGUCUGGAAUUUCGUUUUGGCCAAGAAAGAGGGCAUGAGUUACAAAGUUACAGCCCUGAUGCAGUUGAAAUGUCACCUUUAGAUCAAUGCAUUUUCACACCUCCAUGAUACACCAACACAGCUAGUUUCACAAAUUAGUUUUGCCAUCUCUCAGUAAACACACACACACACACACACACACACACACACACAAAGACGCUGUAUUUUGUACUUUUGUAUCAUGUCUCCAUUGUGCGUCUCUUGAUGUUCUAACAGUGCCAAACCAAGACAAAGUGAGAAAGGAACGUCGUACAGACAGAACACAUAAAGCUGAAGGAAUUCAGUGGAGAGUAGAACAUGAGUGCAUACAGAAUGCGUGGAUUUAAUCCUCUCCUCUAUUAUCCUGCCAUCUCUCUUCGCCUGUCACUACAUGUAAAUAUAUUCAAAAAAGGGUCAAGAAACAUGAGAGCUUUUUAAAAACCAAGAAGCCCCUGAUUGUAUACAGCUGUUUUGAUGAGCCACUUUGCUGAAAUGAAGCAAUAGGAUGCUGAAGGAAUUUGCGUGGAAGUUCACUCUCAUUGACGUGUGCUGAGAGACAGACAGUGGGAAUCUGCGGAGGGCGCCAGAGUCACGUUCACUCUCGAGCAACAAACGCAGCCUGCAUCACUGGAGUGUGUGUAUGUGUGUGUAAAGGCCUGGAAACACCAAAUAGGUUUUUCUCUGACGCGACACAAUACGAACAUUGUGUCGUACCUGAAAAGAUGUUGAAUGUCUUGAAAAGGAAAACAUUAAACAAUCAAAACAAUAUCUUUGCUGCUGCCCCUCAUCAAAAGAACACCUCAGUCUGCUGCGAUGCAAACCGAGAAAAAUAAUGUAACAUGUACAUCACAAGUCAUAUGGUUUAUUGCCGACUGUCUUGGCAGCGCGUCAUGAUGUUUGCUUUGAACUGGCAGCUGGUGCACAUGCUUAUAGGAGAACAUCCAACAAUGGAUCGAAUUCUUGCAGUUCUUUGGAGAAUCCAAGGAAGGAUGGAUUACUUCAUAUUGCCAAAUUGCAAAACAAGACCACAUACAACAGAUUAAAACAGUGUUUCCCAAUCCUGGUGCUGUGCACAUCUUUGAAAAGGGUUUGUUUACUAAGUUUGUUUACUAACUCAAACUCAAGAAAAAAUAUUUCUAUAAAAAGGCCCAAUAAUAAUAAAAGGUCUUAGGCAGCUGAGAAAGACACAUAAGGCUGUUUAUCUGAACAGUAAGCCUUUAUUUGUUAAGAACACAGUAACAUCACAGAAUAAAUACACACAAAUAAAUAAACAAUACAUUGUGACCUAUUGUGUGGCAGAGUGACAGUUCAAACAUUUCCAAAGCUCUCCAGGAGGAAGUUCUUCUAACCAACAUAGUAAUAACUUUUUAAAAACAAAGCAUUCUUGUUACAUUUUACAGUGUUUGUUUAAAAUAAUCAUGAUUAACUGCCUUAUAUAUUGGAGUUAAUCACGAUUAGUCAGAUUUGCUCAGAUUUGACCCUAAACAGAGAUUUCCCACUUAAUAUAGCUUGGAGUGGACGAGCUUCACCAGAACGUAUGUAUAGCUGUCAGUAAUUCAGCAGGAACCGAAAAUCCUGUGAACACAAGGUAAACAUGUAUACAGGUCUGUUGAUGUAUCUAUAGUUCUACACUUCUAGUCUUCUGAAGGCGUCCUGCAGUGCUAACGUUACAUCUGUUACUGAUACUGGGGCAUCAGUGGUGUUUUGCUUGGAAUUAAUACUUCGUACUCAACAUUCUUCUGUGAUGAAUUCACAGCAUGUCAGUAGCUUUUAUCAGGACAGCCAUCAAUGGAGCUUAAAGCAGGGGUGUCCCUACUUAGCCACAGGGGGCCAGUGUGUGAUAAGUCGAAUGGAAUCAGGUGGGCUUCUGCUUGUUUGGAAUGAAAACCUGCAGCCACACUGGAUAAGACUGCGGAUAACACA